GCAGCCGCGGCUCCUAGGCGCGGCCUUUGAAAGGAAAACUGUCCUAGUUGGGAAUCAUGGUGGGGCCUGGGCCCUCCGCAGCCGCUGAAGAGCGUCAGAAAAAGCUCCAGGAGUAUUUAGCAGCCAAGGGAAAACUGAAGAAUCUAAAUACCAAGCCUUAUCUAAAAGCCAAGAAUAAUGCCUCAAUCCCACCACCUUCUAAAUCUACUAUUAGACCCAAAAAGGAUAUUACCAGCCAUGCUAUUUUACCUAUCAAAUCUACAAGGACUAUCACCACUAAACUCCAGUCCGGACCAACUAAUAUCUUUGGGUCUCAGAAGUCAAAGUUAGACCCACUUCUGAGCAAAAUGCCAACUUCAAGAUAUGCUUCUUCUAACCCAAAUUGUAAACCAUACAGCAAGAAUCACCAGCAGCAUGAAACUGGGUCAUCCACUGCAGAACUGUCAACAAAACCUAGGAGGUCCUCUACUACACAGGAAUUGAAAACUAUAAAGCAGCAUGGAGCCAGUCAGGGAAAUGCUAAAUGGAUGGACUCUAUGGAUAAUUCCCAUGGUGAAAACAAAUCUUUGAGUGGCUUUGUAAAAGAGAUGAACAAAGAGAACUUGCUCCAAACUUCAUCAGAACCUAAGCAAAAGCCAGAUCCUGAAUUACGUAUUCUAAGUAAGCCAAAGACUAACACUUACAAGCAAACCAAGUGUAGUUUGGCUCCUAAAAAAGUCUUAAGCAAAAAUUCAGUUAAUAGUGCUGUUCUGAAAGACAGAGUUAAUAAAAAAAAUGUUGGAGAAACACAAAUCUGGACUCUACCAGUAAAAUCACAGCAACUCUCUAGAAUUGCAGCUUGUACAAAACCAAGAGAAAAGUCCUCAAGGACAGUUCCCUCUCACUUUAUUCAGACCCAUAGUAGGUCUCAAGCAUCAACAAAACCAGUGGUUAAGGAUAUAAAUGAUAUGAAGGCCAAUAGGGAUAAAUAUGGAAGACCAAAUGAAACUAAGUUACAGUCACUCCAUACUACUGAACAGAAGGUAAAACCCAUGAGACUUACAACACAUCCAAACUUGCUUCAGGGAGCAACUAACCAACAUCCAAACAGCAAGCAAGAUCAGAAGACUAGACAACAUUCUCUAAGACCUCAGACAUCAGUCAUUCCAAGCACUCCUAGCAUAAAAGCAAACAGAACCAAUGAUAACAAAUUUAACAUCUUUCAACAAAAAGCACAGACUUUGAACUCCAAGUUGAAAACUGCUCUUCCCCAGAAGCAUUUUCUGAACAAGACAGCUCCCAAAACUAAAGCAGGCAUCACAACCAUAAAUGGGAGAGGAGUCCCAAAUGAUACCCAAACCAAUCCAAAUACUAAAAAGAAGGCAGCAACAGAGGAUCGAAGGAAACAACUUGAAGAAUGGCAAAAAUCCAAGGGGAAAAUCUAUAAACGUCCUCCUAUGGAAUUUAAAACAAAAAGAAAAAUAAUAGAAGAAAUGAAUAUUUCAUUCUGGAAGAGCAUUGAAAAAGAAGAAGAAGAAAAGAAAGCACAAUUGGAACUGUCCAAUAAAAUUAACAACACUCUGAAAGGAUGUCUGCAGCUCAUUGAAGAGGGUGUGCCUUCUCAUGAAGUAUUUACAGUAUUGUCUGGCAUUCCUGAGGCUGAGAAAUUUGCUAAAUUCUGGAUCUGCAAAGCAAAGUUGCUGGCAAGUAAAGGCACCUUUGAUGUUAUUGGGCUUUAUGAAGAGGCCAUUAAAAGUGGGGCAACACCAAUACAAGAGUUACGGGAAGUUGUUAUUAAUAUUUUACAAGAUCCAAACAGAACCACAGAAGGAGUUACUUUGAACUCUUUGGUUGCUGAAACUACCACCACAGCAAUGGAAGAGGAAUCUGGGCAAGCUUGUCUUCCUCCAGAAGAGAAGCAACUGGUUAGAGCAACACCCCAAGUAACCAAUACAGAACAGGAUAAUCUUCCUGGUAUCAAAUUACAGAUUGCCUCAAUCCCUAGAAUCAAUGGAAUGCCAGAAGUACAAGACAUGAAGCUUAUCACUCCCGUAAGGCGCUCUGCAAGGAUUGAACGAGUGGUGUCCCACUACCCAGAAAUGCUGCAGGAACACGAUCUGGUCGUGGCUUCUCUUGAUGAACUUCUAGAGGCAGAAGACACAGAGUGCUAUAUAUUUCGUAAGAAUGAGGCAUUGCCCGUGACAUUAGGGUUUGAGAUACUUGAAUCGUAAUUUUUAUGUGGUAUGUGUGAUUCACAGCCUUCAAGAAAUGCUUUUGUCCAGAUAACCUGAAGAAAAUGUCUAAUGUUGAAACAUCACAGAUACAGAGAACUCUUGAGAUUGAGGGAAUAAGUCACUGGAUUUACCCCUCAAAUUUAUAUACACACAGGAAAGUGUUCGGUUUAUAUGCUUAAAACUGUAAUUUGCCACAGUUUUAUAACAUAAGUUUCAAAGUUUUGAAUAUUUACUCCACACGUUUGGGAAAAAAUUGCUGUUUUACUUUAAACCCAUUGCCACAGUCUUUUCAACCCUGAGAUUAUCGUGCAGCAUGGUGAGACUUCUUUUCAUAUCCUCCUUAGCAGAAUGGGUAAGUUCUUCCACGAGAAGAGCUGAGCUUUGAAGCCAGCUUGCUAGGCUACAUGAUCACCCCUUUCCCAUGUUACAGAUGAGCUGCAGAGUAGCUCUGCUUUCUCUCUGGGGUGACAUUUGCAGUAAUCUGGACUUCCCUCCCAGUGAUCCUGCAGAGAAGGGUGAUUCUUGCUCUUCAUCCCCAGUAAAACACAAUCCUGCAGUAGGGAUCAUUUAACUUUUCAUAUCCAACCCUGGUUUUGCAUUUGUUAUUCAGAAACACUUCAAGUUAAAAAUAAAAGACGAGGGAAAGGGUGUUGGAGAAAGGACACUUUCUGCUUCACGUCAGUUCUUCUCUCUGCCCAGGGACUGCUCACCUAAAAAGGCCAUGUGAGCCUCACAGCAGGUUGCUCUUUCUUCCUUCUGGGAAACCACUUGUAGUAAGAAUCAGAAUUGUUUAAGAAAUAUAAUGUAUAGAAAAGCCUAGGCAAUAUGGGGACUAUUAAUUUUCUUUGUAUUUAAGUAUGAUCUAUAAUAAAAAAUACUAAAUUGUU